GGUUCCUCACGUGUCAUUUAUUUACCUCUUGUUUAUUUUUGUAUAUUCCUCAUAAUACUAGGUCAUGCCUGCGAGUUAUUCAGAUCUCAACAAACCAGUGCAUUUCAAACUCACGCUUGCGACACUUGGCAAGAUUGUUUGCAGUUUACCAAUUUUUGCAACCUUUUUCUGCGUGAUUUGGUCUGUGAUAUUCGACUUCAAAUCUUCCACAGAAACACACUGUGGGGUACCCAACUUUUUACCAUCAAUAAGUGCUGCUAUAGGUGGCUUCACCCCGCAGCGCUAUGUGUGGCGAGUGUGUAUUGCUCUCCACUGCGGCCCACGGUUCAUGGUGGCCAUUGCGUACUACAGCUACCACACAUCAAUUCAUGUCGGACUCCGAAAUCAGCUGUAUAAAACACUGGCAGCCUUGUGCACAUUUCUACACAUCUGUGAAAACAUGGCCUUGAUAGGACUGACCUAUGUCUCGUCUUCAGAGAACCAUGAUCUGCAUGAGAAGUUCUUCAUCCUGUUCAUGUUGUGCUCCCUGAUCUACAUGCUGCUGACCACCUACGUCUUCUCCUGGGGCCGGUCAGCCAAUGGGAGGUCAAUCUCACACACGGAAAUGAAAUCCUUGCGACACAAGGCAACCCUGUUCCUCUUCAAUAUUUCCGUCUUCAUGUUUGCCGUGUAUCUUUUCUUCCGCCACAACGCCUACUGUGAACCUGGAGUGUACACGGGUUUCGCUGCAUGUGAAUAUCUCACAGUCUUAUCUAACAUUGCCUUCCAUUUAACGGCAGUAUUUGAUUUUGAAGACUUUAAUCUAGUGUUGGCACAAAAGGAUGUUGUCGCCAAAUUAGAAAGAAAACAUAUUUAAAGAAUAUAAUGUACUAGUGCAGCCUAUUUAUCAGAUUGGAUUAUAUUUUAAUCAUAUUUUUGGCUUUAGCUAUGUUUGUUGUUUAACGCUGCUGUUGGUCGCCGCUUACAACAAGCAUAGAUGAAACAAAGGGAUUGAACUUGGGAUGUUAUUGUUUUUGAUGAUUUUUUUACAAUGAAGUCAAAUGUACUUUCAAUUAUAUCUACAUUUAUCCUUGGGAUGUUAUUGUUUUUGAUGAUUUUUUUACAAUGAAGUCAAAUGUACGUUCAAUUAUAUCUACAUUUAUCCUUGUGCAUGAAGUCAUUGUGUCAUAUGUUAAUUAGAACCUAGCAUCCCUGUAGUGGCCGAGCUAUUUUGUUUUUAUUGAAACCCAGCAGAGUGUAUGAAUUUCCUGUCAGUGCCUGUGCCAGCCUAGGUCUUGUGAUUGUAUUAUGUGCCUUGUAUCAAACUGUGAAAUUGUCUUUUUGUCAUUGGAGCUAAAAUCAUCUUCCUGAGUCAAGGGAGUUAACUGACGGUAAAAGUCCAGUCUCCGACCACAAUAGUUAUGUUAACCCAUCUUCCUGAGUCAAGGGAGUUAACUGACGGUAAAACUCCAGUCUCCACCCACAAUAGUUAUGUUAACCCAUCUUCCUGAGUCAAGGGAGUUAACUGACGGUAAAAGUCCAGUCUCCACCCACAAUAGUUAUGUUAACCCAUCUUCCUGAGUCAAGGGAGUUAACUGACGGUAAAAGUCCAGUCUUCACCCACAAUAGUUAUGUUAACCCAUCUUCCUGAGUCAAGGGAGUUAACUGACGGUAAAAGUCCAGUCUCCACCCACAAUAGUUAUGUUAACCCAUCUUCCUGAGGCAAGGGACUUAACUGAGAUAUUAUAAGUUGGUCAAUCAAGGAUGGGAUGAAGCAGGGUAAGGCAACUCAUUUGGAUUAUUCAGUUUACAAAUUGGAGUGACCAAAGCCCACACUACAAAAAUAAAGAAACAGUUUUACAUUUAAUUGUCCAGCUCAAUCACUGGAUAAUAUAGAACAUGGCUUCACCGAAAAUAGUCUUUUGUUUAGCCAAGCAUUUUAUCAACCCUCCAUGUCAGAAUGAGAGAUCUUAUUGGUCCACAUGAUCUUGGUAAAAUAUUGUGUAACCCGCCUUGGAGGGUAAUAAAUUUCUCAGAGGGGAAUAAGUCCCUUAUACACGGCCUCAUGCAAUACAGGCUGCACAUGGAUUCUGAGAGACAGAAUAAGUCCCUUAUACCCGGCCUCGUGCAAUACAGGCUGCACAUGGAUUCUGAGAGACAGAAUAAAUCCCUUAUAUCCGGCCUCGUGCAAUACAGGCUGCACACGGAUUCUGAGAGACAGAAUAACUCCCUUAUACCCGGCCUCGUGCAAUACAGGCUGCACACGGAUUCUGAGAGACAGAAUAAGUCCCUUAUACCUGGCCUCGUGCAAUACAGGCUGCACAUGGAUUCUGAGAGACAGAAUAAGUCCCUUAUACCCGGCCUCGUGCAAUACAGGCUGCACAUGGAUUCUGAGAGACAGAAUAAAUCCCUUAUACCUGGCCUCGUGCAAUACAGGCUGCACACGGAUUCUGAGAGACAGAAUAAAUCCCUUAUACCUGGCCUCGUGCAAUACAGGCUGCACACGGAUUCUGAGAGACAGAAUAAAUCCCUUAUACCUGGCCUCGUGCAAUACAGGCUGCACACGGAUUCUGAGAGACAGAAUAAAUCCCUUAUACCUGGCCUCGUGCAAUACAGGCUGCACACGGAUUCUGAGAGACAGAAUAAAUCCCUUAUAUCCGGCCUCGUGCAGUACAGGCUGCACACGGAUUCUGAGAGACAGAAUAAAUCCCUUAUACCUGGCCUCGUGCAAUACAGGCUGCACAUGGAUUCUGAGAGACAGAAUAAAUCCCUUAUAUCCGGCCUCGUGCAAUACAGGCUGCACAUGGAUUCUGAGAGACAGAAUAAAUCCCUUAUAUCCGGCCUCGUGCAAUACAGGCUGCACAUGGAUUCUGAGAGACAGAAUAAAUCCCUUAUAUCCGGCCUCGUGCAGUACAGGCUGCACACGGAUUCUGAGAGACAGAAUAAAUCCCUUAUACCCGGCCUCGUGCAAUACAGGCUGCACACGGAUUCUGAGAGACAGAAUAAAUGCCUUAUACCCCGCUUUAAAGCAAAAACCUACAUGCUUUUUCCGAGUCAAUGGAAGAUAAAUUUCUUGUAGCAGGAUCAUUUGGCGUACAUGGGGUUUUAUGAGUCCUUGUUAGGUUUUAUAACCUCACUUCCGCCUGGUGGUAUAAAACCCCAUGUACCUGUCGUGAUCCUGCUACAACUUAUAUUGUGCUUCAUGUGUGGCAGUUCUUCUGGACUCAGGGUCGGAGGUGGACUGAUGAUGGUUUACAGUGCAAGACUGACCCACCCUGAGCACAAUCUACACAUUUGUUUUUUGAAGAUGAUAUUAUUUAUACACAAUCUUUUUAAUUGCAUGACACUAAUAGAAGCAUAAUCUAUUUAUCAUUGUUUGUUGUUGCUGUUACUUGUUGCUUCCAAAGUUUCCUCAAAUGUUGCUUCCACUGUUGCUUGCAAGAGCAGCUGAAAAUGAUAAGAGACGUCAUGACAUAUUUUUACAAUUUUUGUUAUAAGUUUUACAAUAUGUAGGAAUACAAGUGAUACCCUGUUUUGUACAUUUUGUUGGAUGUAUUUGAACUGUUCAUAUUUUAAUACAGAGCCUCAAGGUAUCACCUGGCCAAACUGGUCAUGUGGCCAAUGUUUCCAUGUUUCCUGGGAAACAGAAAACUUCAGUGUUGUAGUACUGUUUUAACAAUAUUUUCAUUCUUAUUGAAAUAAUCAAAUUAAGAACAAUCGUACUGAUGGAAAGACAUAAGGGAAUGGACAUUUCUCCGAAAAAAAUAACCUUGGGUCAUCUGCUAGGUCACCUAAAACAUUGGACCCCAGGUUAUCUCCUGGGACACCAAAAACCUCAGGUCAUCUCCUGGGACACCAAAAACCUCAGGUCAUCUCCACGGACACCAAAAACCUCAGGUCAUCUCCUGGGACACCAAAAACCUCAGGUCAUCUCCUGGGACACCAAAAACCUGAGGUCAUCUCCUGGGUCACCAAAAACCUCAGGUCAUCUCCUGGGUCACCAAAAACCUUAGGUCAUCUCCUGGGACACCAAAAACCUCAGGUCAUCUCCACGGACACCAAAAACCUCAGGUCAUCUCCUGGGUCACCAAAAACCUGAGGUCAUCUCCUGGGACACCAAAAACCUCAGGUCAUCUCCACGGACACCAAAAACCUCAGGUCAUCUCCUGGGACACCAAAAACCUCAGGUCAUCUCCUGGGACACCAGAAACCUCAGGUCAUCUCCUGGGUCACCAAAAACCUGAGGUCAUCUCCUGGGACACCAAAAACCUCAGGUCAUCUCCACGGACACCAAAAACCUCAGGUCAUCUCCUGGGACACCAAAAACCUCAGGUCAUCUCCUGGGUCACCAAAAACCUUAGGUCAUCUCCUGGGACACCCAAAACCUCAGGUCAUCUCCACGGACACCAAAAACCUCAGGUCAUCUCCACGGACACCAAAAACCUCAGGUCAUCUCCUGUGUCACCAAAACCUCAGAUCAUCUCCUGGGUCACCAAAAACCUGAGGUCAUCUCCUGGGUCACCAAAAACCUGAGGUCAUCUCCUGGGACACCAAAAACCUCAGGUCAUCUCCUGGGACACCAAAAACCUCAGGUCAUCUCCUGGGACA